AUGUUCGUCUUUCGCAAGGAGGACAUCCCCGCAGACCCAGUCUUCCCUGCAGAGCUGGAGAAACUCGGGCAAAUCAGGAAGAUCGUCGACCCAGCUCAGCCGUUUCAGUUCAAGAUCAACCGGAACGACAGAUGGAACGAGGUCCAAAGAGAGGCAAUGAAUGCCUGUAUCCGCGAUAUCGUCUACUCGCGCCUCCGUGACCUGGGCCUUGGAACCUUGCGACUCCCAUUGAUGUCCGGAGCUGCUCGGCCCAAUGUUCCAAUCAUGGUUUCCAAGAAUCUGUCCUCCGCAUCGAGGAUUGUUGCCGUCUUUGGCGAGCCUGUGCAAGACCUGGGUAUCUGGGCUUAUCGAAGCAUCGGUGGUGACGACGGUAUCAACGUGGGUUCUGCAGUGUCUCUGGCUAAGGCUGUUCUUGGGAGUACGGAACCUUCUACUACGAUGACAAAAUAG